UCCAGUUGGACAUUCGGUUGCGCGCCGUUGUACGAGACGGUCGCACAAUUUUCGGUGCGUUGUUCUUGGAGCCUACGAUUGCGACUGCGACUGCGAUUGCCACUUCGACUACGAUUGCGAUUGCGACUGCGGCUGCGACUGCGACGCCUGGCCGCCUGGCUGUCUCACACAAUUGUUUGCCAUAUAUAACAUCGUAACCUUUUCUUUUCGAAACGCAUUGAAAACAAACACACACCUCGAAUACGAACCUAAAAACUGCCCAUUUUACAAUUUACAAAACAAGAAUACUAAAUAAAUAUAAUAAUUUAAAUAACCAAAUAGCUGCCAAAUCAAAUAUAUACUCGUAAACAAAUCAAAAAAAUAAAAUAAAAAUAUAUAACCAUGGGAUCAACGGGAUCCCAGCGACACACGCUGUCGCUCCUGUGGCGUCUCUUCGCCGUUAUCCUUGUGCUCAAUGCCUGCCACGUAUCGCUGAGUAAUGGAAAGCAAAUCUCAAGUCUAGAUGAGAGCGACAAACUGUUCUUUGAUACCGAGGAUGAAACGCCGUUGUCCGGCAUCGAUAUCGUGCAAUCCGAUGCGCCCCUAAUCGAGGACACGCCCGCCGAUAGCAGUUGGCUAUCGAAGAGCUACAGUCGUGUGCGUCGCGAGUUGAAUCGUCUGUUUGGCAACAAUGCAGCCACUGCCGAAAAGCAACAGCAUCAACAUCAAAAUCAGCAGCGACUGAAGCGCACGAAGAAGGGGUUGGGCAUCAAUAAGAAGCAACGUCUGGCCAAGCGUCAACAGCAAGGUUCGCUGCCCCAAAAGCAUCCCUAUGACGAUUACGAGAGUGAAGCCGGCUCUGGCACCGUUGAGGGAGAGACCGCAACCUAUCGGACACGCAUCACUCUUACCGAGCCAUUCCGCGUCGAGUACAACGACAAGGACAGUGAAGAGUUCCAGGCACUGGCCAAGGAUAUUUCAAAUGGUUUGAAUGAGCUCUUCAUUAGCACCCACGGUCACGAAGACGAUGAUGACAAUCUGAUCAGCACGCUGGUGAGCGUCGGGGAAACGAACGACCACUACAAGAUCUAUGUGAUUGUGAAUCUGGAGAUACCGACAAACACACCCGAUUUUGAAAAUAAAUUGCGCGAGCAUCUGCAAAACUAUCAUGUCAUUGGCCAUACGAGUGCACAACUCGACAAAGACUUUUACUUCCGUCCAAUUGUGGAUAACCAGUGUAGGAAUCCAAAGGAUUUCGAGAUUGAUGAGUUCAUUUGUGAUGACGGCCCCAUUGAUAGCGUCUCCUGUCUGCGCGUGUGCAACAACAUCGCCGACUGUUCCGAUGGCUCCGAUGAGAACGCCGAUAUGUGUUUGGCUCGGCGUUUACGGGUAGAAUUGUAUCCCAAUCCAUAUACAAACCACUCGAGAUGGGCAACAUCGAAUGCGUCGUACUACGACGAGCCAACCGAAGACGAUGGGGAUUUCGAUGACCCCGAUGUUGAUGAUGAUGCUGAUGAUGAGGAACAAUGUCGUUCAUCCGGCGAUCUAUUCCAGUGUGUUAGCGGCAGUCCGUUCAACAUUAUGUGCGAGGACAUUUGCAAUGGCCGAAACGAUUGCUCGGAUGCCUCCGAUGAGGAUGCAGCACUGUGUGAGCGUCGCCAGCGUGCGAACAAACAUUGCGAGCAGGACUACGAUGAUUUCCAGUGCGAGUCGGGCGAAAAGUUGAGCACAUCCUGUUACAAUGUAUGCAACGGCGUUGCCGACUGUGACGAUGGCUCCGAUGAGACUGCCGCGCUGUGUCAGUAUCGCCAACCGAAGGUGGGAACAAACGAAACCGAUGACGAUUUGGCUGGAACGUUGCCGCCCCUGCCAUGUCGCGGCGAAGAUGAAUUUUUCCAGUGUGAGGGAACCAUAACCCGUAUACCUUGCUAUGAUAUUUGCAAUCGUCGCAGCGACUGCGAAGAUUCCUCCGAUGAGGAUCCGGAAAUGUGUGCACUGCUUUUCACGAAUCGCCGUGAAGUUUCGGCGACAAACUUCUACAGCAACUUCGAUCAGUGUCCGACCAAUGAGGGCAGCUUCCAGUGCCACAGUGGCCUCAUCUUUAGUGUGUCCUGCUAUGAUUUGUGCAACGGUCGUGAGGAUUGCCUCGAUGGCUCCGAUGAGGUGGAAGCCAUGUGUCAACAACGACAGCGGAAGUUGAAUUCGAUCCCAUCUUGGAAUAAUGCGCGUGAUCCUAACGCCCCUGAAAUAACCGAGACCGCUGAUGAAGAUGGCUCCGGUGAACCCGAACCCGCAUCCGACCCGAAACCGGAACAAUCUGAAUGUCGCGGUGAUUCCACAUACAUUUGCCCACGCAGCGGUUAUCGUGUCUGCGAUGAGGUGAAGUGCGAUGGCAGAAAAGACUGUCCCGAUGGGGAAGAUGAGGAGGAUUGUCCCAGCGUUUGCAACGAAGGCGAACACGUAUGCGACGACCAUCGCUGCUUGGUCCCCAGUAUGAUCUGCGAUGGCAUUAAUCAGUGCGAUGAUGGCACCGAUGAGGCCGACUGUACCAAAGUUGAAGAGGACCCAAGACCCGAGGAGCCUGAACAGCCAAAGAACGAUAACAAUAAUGAGGAUGUUAAUAUUUAUAAUCCACCGCAGCCACAGGAAUGUCAUGAGAAUCAGUUUAGAUGCCACAGUGGAAAGUGCAUUGACGCCAGACAGCGAUGCGAUCUCGUCAACGAUUGUCCCGAUGGCGAAGAUGAGGGCGACGACUGCCCUGCCGCCUGCAGCAGCAUGGAGUAUCAAUGUCGCGAUGGCUCACACUGCAUCAGCGACAGCCAGCGUUGCGAUGGCCACGCCGAUUGCAACGAAGGCGACGAUGAGGAGAACUGUGACGGAAGUGGCAACGAUGAACUUCAGUGUCUGUAUAAUGAAUUCCGUUGCGGGAACGGUGAGUGCAUACCGAUCCGUCAGUAUUGCGAUAACAUCUACGAUUGUAACGAUUACACAGACGAGCAGGACUGCGUGACGAACGACAUCAACGAUCUCGAUACCGUCGAUGAAGACGGCAUUAUACGAAAUUAUGGCGAUCACGGUGGUCGACCUCGUCCACCGCUGAAUACGGGUUACGAUCGCGAUCAAAAUCGCGACACCGACACCGAGGGGCUCGAUGAACAAGAUAUGCGCGACUAUCAAGUGUAUUUGCCAAAGGAACAAUAUGGCAAAUCGACGCCACAGAAUCCGUGUGCAUCGAAUCAGUUCAAGUGUCGCAACAACGUUUGCAUUCCAUUGCAUCUGCGUUGCGAUGGCUUUCAUCAUUGCAACGAUAUGAGCGAUGAGGACAAUUGUGAACGCUAUCGUCCGUCGCAGACGACACGAGGACCAAUCGUAACGCGGCCAACGUUGCCGUCGGUGACGAUUGCCCCCGUGUAUAAUCCAUGGACAACGGCGGCGCCAGCUGCGCUUGAACGUCAACCAACAACAACAACAACAAGAACGACAACAGCAAGUCGCAUCACCACUAACCCAAAUCCAACAAUACCAACAAUAACAACAGCAGGAACAGGUGCAGCGAUCAGCUCAUCGUCAUCAUCAUCAUCAUUGCCACCUUUGGCCACCAGCAAUUGCCUCGAAAACAUUGAAUUCGCGUGCCACAAUCGCGAUUGCAUUUCAAUUGAGAGCGUCUGCGAUGGCAUCGCUGACUGUGACCAGCGUGAGGAUGAGGAUUAUUUGCUAUGCAAUUGCAGCGGCGACCAGUAUAAAUGUCUGCGCGGCGGCGGUUGCAUACCCAAGACUCAAGUCUGCGAUGGCAAAUCUCAGUGCCGCGAUGGCAGCGAUGAGAGCACUUGCCACUUCCAUGCCAAGUUCAAUCUAAGUCGACCGGUCGUCGAGUGCAUGUCCUUUCAGUAUCAAUGCGGCGACGGAAGUUGCAUCAGUGGCUACAAGCGUUGCAACGGCAUCACGGACUGUGCCGAUGGCGCCGACGAAUACAAUUGCCUCUUCAACUAUGACGAUACGAACUAUGAUCUAGACUCUGACCCAGACUUAGAUACCAACGACAACAGCAAUGAGAAUGAUGGCAAUGAUCCAUUGAAUGAGUGCGAUCUAUAUUAUUUUGAGUGUGAUUUGGGCCAGUGUAUACCAUUAGAGAAGAAAUGCGAUGGCUAUCCGGACUGUCAAGAUGAAACCGAUGAGCUCGGCUGUCCGGCUUUCACAGCUGGCAAUGCAUGUCUGCAGGGUUAUUUUGCUUGCAAUGGAGAAUGCGUCCAUGAAUCCAUUAGAUGCAAUGGCCGCAACGAUUGCGAAGGUGGCAUCGAUGAGCUCGAUUGUCAGGACAUACACACGCCCACAACAAGAUUCAGAGACUGUCUGCCAAAUGAAUGGCAAUGCCAGAGCUUUGAAUGCAUCAAUGAAAAAUAUUUGUGUGACGACCACUUCGAUUGUGAGGACCAAUCGGAUGAAUGGCCCGAUAACUGCAAGGGACAGGCCACCACUCGCCAAACUGCCGAAGAUUGCCACAGGGAUCAAUUCUUUUGCGAUAAUUUGUGUUUGAAUCGCUCGAAACAAUGCAAUGGUCACUACGAUUGCAACGAUCGUAGUGAUGAGCGUGAUUGUCCCAUUCAGCCGACACGUUAUCCAUCAUAUUCACCGCUCCCGUGUCCACAGCACACUUGCCCCAGUGGCAGAUGCUACUCGGAGGUGGAACGUUGUGAUGGCCAGCGUCAUUGCGAGGAUAACUCCGACGAGGCCAACUGCUGUGCUUCGGAUCAGUUCCGUUGCCGCAAUGGUGACUGCGUGUCUCUGGAUGAUGUCUGCAAUGGCUAUCCCCAGUGUAUCGAUGGCUCCGAUGAGGCUGAUUGUCCACUGCAAUGCCAGGCGAAUCAGUUCCGUUGCCGCAACGGACAGUGCGUGAGCGCCGCGGUGCGUUGCAAUGGCCAAACCGACUGCCAGGAUAGUUCCGAUGAGCAAAAUUGUGGUCAUUCACAUACUGCUGGCGGGAGAACCUCGAGCAUUCCACCAACAAGCAAAGCAAUCAAACCGACAACAACAAUGACCACAACACCAGUCCCACAACCACCAACAACAACGACAACAAGCUCAAGCCCAACAACCUCAUUGAUGCCGCUGCGCAUCAUUUGCCCGUCGACAACAUUCCGCUGUGAGAAUGGACCGUGCAUUGCGCACGGAUUGCGCUGCAAUGGCGUGGUCGAUUGUCCGUUCGAUACCAGCGAUGAGCUGGACUGCGGUCCCAUCACUAAUGAGAUCGAUACCCAAGAACCUCAAUCGACUGGACGUAAUAAUCAAUUGAACCUGAAGACCUAUCCCAAUAGCCAGAUCAUCAAAGAAAGAUAUAUUAGGGAGGGUCGCGAGGUCAUCUUCCGUUGUCGUGAUGAGGGUCCAGCUCGCGCCAAGGUCAGGUGGUCACGUCCCGGCGGUCGUCCUUUGCCAGUUGGCUUCACCGAUAAGAACGGACGUCUGGAAAUUCCCAACAUUCGCGUGGAGGAUUCUGGCACUUAUGUGUGUGAAGCUGUCGGCUAUCCCAACUACGUGCAGGGCCAACAGGUUACCGUUCAUCUGACUGUCGAACGCUUUAACGAUCUCGGACACGAUCGUCCACCGACAGCUUGCAGCGAAUAUCAGGCCACUUGCAUGAACGGCGAGUGCAUUGACAAGUCCAACGUUUGCGAUGGCAUUCCCCACUGUUCCGAUGGCUCCGACGAGCACAGCUGCAGCCAAGGACGUCGUUGUCAACCCAAUCAGUUCCUGUGCAGCAACAAGAAGUGCGUGGAACGCACCUGGCGUUGCGAUGGUGAAAACGAUUGCGGUGACAAUUCCGAUGAGCAAUCGUGUGAUCCCGAACCAAGUGGCGCUCCCUGUCGCUACAAUGAAUUCCAAUGUUCCAGCGGCCAUUGCAUACCCAAGAGCUUCCAGUGUGAUGAUCUCAACGAUUGUCGCGAUGGCAGCGAUGAAAUCGGUUGCAUGGAACCUGUGCCCAUUCGUCCACCGCCUCCAAUGCAAUCCCUGCUCGAGGGUCAACCCUUGGAACUGACCUGCACAGCCACCGGUGUGCCAGUGCCCACAAUUGUGUGGCGUCUGAACUGGGGUCAUGUUCCCGACAAGUGUACAUCGAAGAGCAACAAUGGUCGCGGCGAACUCUAUUGUCCCGAUAUGCGUCACGAGGAUAGCGGUGCAUACUCGUGUGAAAUCAUCAAUACACGCGGCACACACUUUGUCACUCCCGAUACGAUCGUGAAGGUGACACCCGAUCGCAAUCAAUACUGCUCGGCAGGAUUCUUCAAUAUGCUGGCACGCUCUAGCGAGGAGUGCAUCAAAUGCUUCUGCUUCGGUGUCGCUAGCUCUUGUGACAGCGCCAAUCUCUUCAUCUAUGCAAUCCAGCCGCCAAUUCAGGCGAAUCGUGUCGUCAGCGUCGAGCUGAGUCCCUACCACGAGAUCGUGAUCAAUGAAUCGCCCGGACACAAUGUGCUCAAUCUGCAUCAUGGCGUGCAGUUCCGUGCCUCCGAUGUGCAGUACAACAGUCGCCAAACACCGUACCUGGCAUUGCCCAGCGAUUACAUGGGCAAUCAGCUCAAGUCCUAUGGCGGCUCGCUCAAGUACGAGGUCAGCUAUUUCGGCAAUGGACGUCAAGUAUUUGGACCCGAUGUCAUCAUCACCGGCAAUCGUUUGACCCUCACGCACAGUGUUGGCACACAACCCAAUCUCUCGAAUAAGGUGAAGGUUCCCUUCCUGCCCGGCAACUGGCUGAAGCCCGAUGGACGCAAGGCGACGCGUGAGGAGAUCAUGAUGAUUCUGGCCAAUGUGGACAAUGUGUUGAUUCGCCUGGGCUACAUCGAUACCGUGGCACGAGAAGUGGAGGUAGUUAACAUUGUGAUGGACUCAGCUGGCACCUCGGAUCAGGGUCUGGGAAGCGCCUCCUUGGUCGAGAAAUGCAACUGUCCUCCCGGCUAUGUGGGUGAUUCGUGCGAGACCUGCGCCCCUGGCUACGUGCGUCAACCUGGCGGCCCCUGGCUGGGACACUGUGUGCCCUUCGUACCGGAACCCUGCCCCGCCGGCACCUACGGUGACCCACGUCGUGGCAUCGCAUGUCGCGAAUGCCCCUGCCCCCAGAGUGGCAGCAAUAACUUUGCCAGCGGUUGUGAACUUAGUCCCGACGGCGAUGUCAGCUGCAAGUGCCACGAAGGCUACACGGGUCGCCGCUGCGAGGCCUGCGCGGCUGGCUAUCAGGGCAACCCAUUGAUACCCGGCGGCAACUGUCGCAAGAUACCCGAAUCUACGUGCAACGACAAGGGCACCUAUCAUGUGGGCGAAAACAGCUGCACAUGCAAGCCGCUGGUAACCGGCGAGCGUUGCGACACCUGCGCACCCAAGAGUUUCCAUCUCAAUUCAUUCACGUUCACCGGUUGCAUUGAGUGCUUCUGCAGCGGUCUGCAGACCGAAUGUGACAGUACCUCAUGGUAUCGCGAUCAGGUGACCAGCAGCUUUGGACGCUCCUCUGUGCCACAUGGCUUCCAGCUGGUGCGUGAUUACACCCAAACCGCACCCGAAACUGUGCCCUUCGUGACGGCACAGACCAGCAUCUCGUUCUAUUCGGAAUCGGACUACGGCUCGGAUACGUUAUAUUGGAGUCUGCCCGCUGCAUUCUUGGGAAACAAACUUACUGCAUAUGGCGGCCGUCUCAGCUACACGGUCAGCUACAGUCCACUGCCUGGUGGUCUGAUGUCCCGCAACAAUGCACCCGAUGUGGUCAUCAAGAGUGGUGAAGAUCUAACGCUCAUCCAUUAUCGCAAGUCUGCCGUUAACCCCAGCCAAUCCAGCUCGUAUGCCGUGCCCAUCCUUGAGAGUGCCUGGCAUCGCAGCGAUGGUCAGGUGGCCAAUCGCGAGCAUCUGUUGAUGGCCCUCAGUAAAAUCGAUUCUAUCUACAUCAAGGCCACGUACACCACCAGCACCAAGGAGGGCGCCCUCCAGCAGGUCACCCUCGACACUGCCACGUCCACCAAUCUGGGUGCACCCCGCGCCUUUGAAGUGGAGGAAUGCCGUUGCCCUCAGGGCUACAUUGGUCUGUCCUGCGAACGCUGUGCUCCUGGCUACAAGCGCAAUCCCGAGGAGGGUCUCUAUCUCGGUCUUUGCGAACCCUGCGAAUGCAACGGUCACUCGUCGCAGUGCGAUGCUGAGACUGGCGAAUGUCUGAACUGCGCUGACAACACCGAAGGCGAGAACUGCGAACAGUGCGCCGCUGGCUAUGUGGGCGAUGCCACACGCGGCUCAUCCUAUGACUGCCAGCCCGAUAGCAACGGACAACAGCCACAGCCACCACCGCCAAGGCCCGACGAUCAGAGGAGAUGCGAAUACUGCAACAGCGAUGGCACCCAAAGCUGUCGCGACGGCUACUGUGAAUGCAAACCGAAUGUGGUUGGCAGCCGCUGUGACAAGUGUCGCGAUGGUACCUUCGGACUGUCGCUUUACACCCCGAACGGUUGCAAGGAAUGCUUCUGUUCCGGCCAGUCGACCCAAUGUCAAUCAGCGUCGCUCUAUCGCCAACUGAUCGCCGUUGAUUUCAUCAGCAACCAAGCGCUGAUCACCAACGAAGAUGGCCAGGAGAUGACCAGAGACAACCUGACUAAGGAUGUACCCAACAAUAAGUACACCUAUUCGUACCCCUCAUAUGCGACCAAAUACUGGAGUCUGCGCGGCAAUGUACAAGGCAAUCAAUUGAAUGCUUAUGGCGGCGCUCUCAACUACACCCUGAAUGCCGAAUCUUUUGCCGCGUAUCAGCCCGGUAACGAUGUCAUUCUUAUUGGCAACGGUAUUCGUUUGAUUUGGUCACGACCUGCCGAGCUCUCGCAUAGCGAUCAAUACAGCGUUGUGCUCAGCGAGGAGGAGCAAUGGCAGCGUUUGGAUUCGGGUCGCGCGGUGCCUGCCACGCGCAGCGAUGUGAUGAGUGUGCUGACCAACGUGGAGCAUCUGCUCAUUCGUGCCACACCCAAGAUACCCACCACCAGGACGUCCAUUCAAGAUGUUACCCUCGAAGUGUCCGUGGAUCGUGCUCAGCCCGGUGCCGAGCAUGCUGUCGACAUUGAGACAUGCCAGUGUCCUGCCGCCUAUGUUGGCAACUCGUGCGAGAGUUGCGCCCCCUUGCAUUAUCGCGCUGCGAACAAUCAGUGCGUCUCGUGUCCAUGCCACAAGGAUAACACCCAGAGUUGUCAUCUGGGCAACAGCGAUUAUCCCGAAUGUGUGUGCAAGCCACGUUUCACCGGCGAUCGUUGCACGGAAUACGACAAUGGCAGCCCGGAACCAACCCCAACAGACUUACCAAAUAUUCGCACCCAGAUCAUUGUGUCGAUCUCGAAGCCCCAGAUCACGAUUAUGCCAGUGGGUGGAUCUGUCUCCCUUAAGUGCAGCGGUCGCAUGAAGUGGAAUAAUGAUCCUGUUGUCGUCAGUUGGUACAAACAGAACAGUUUGCUGCCAGUGAACGCCGAAGUCAAUGGCGGUGAUCUCUAUAUCCACCAGCUGCAAUUGAGCGAUUCUGGCGUCUAUACCUGCAGAGCAAUCAACAAUCAGACCUCGCAUACCUUCGAGGACAGUGUCUCGAUCACUGUGACACAACAAUCGCAACGUUCCCCCGCUCGCAUCAUCGAUCUGCCGUCCACGGUGACCAUUGACGAGUAUCAAGCAUACGAGAUCACCUGCCAGGUCGAUGGCAAUCCCGCUCCCUCAGUGAAGUGGACACGCGUCGAUGGCCAGGCCGAUGGACACAUUCGCACCGAUGGCGGUCGCUUGAUCUUCGAAUCGCCUCGCAAAUCCGAUGAAGGACAAUACCGUUGCACCGCCGAGAAUCAAUACGAUCGCGAUGAGAAAUACGUGCAGAUCUAUGUGCGUGGCAAUGCCCCAGUGCCGCCACCACCCCGUGAACGUGUCUACAUUCAGCCCGAGGACUACAAUGGCGAAGCCGGUGACACUGUACGCUUCACCUGUCAAUCGACCAGCGGCGCUUUGUUGCACUACGAGUGGCUGCACGACAGCUAUCCGCUCAAUCCCCAGCAACAGCGCAACAUCAUCAUCAGCGGCGACACGCUAGAGAUCCGUGAUGCCACCGCUCGGGACUCCGGUAUUUACACGUGUGUCGGUAUCGAUCUGCGCAGUCAACGCAACUACACUGAGGAUGCUCGCGUCUACAUUGAGCAGCGUCAGCAGCCGCCAUCUGGCGAUGGCAUUGCACCUGUUAUUGUGCGCUUCCCCGAGGCCAACACGAUCGUGCAGGGCAGCGACUUUAGCAUCACUUGCGAGUCAAGCGGCUCUCCAUACCCGACCAUCAAAUGGACCAAGAUCAAUGAACAGCUCGCAUCGAAUGUUCAUCAGACCGGCAAUGUGUUGCGCAUCAUCAACGCCAGGAUCGAGAAUCGUGGUUUCUAUCUCUGCAUAGCUGAGAAUGCCCAUGGCCAAGAUCAAGUUCGCGCGAGUAUCGAUAUUGAUCCUCGGGAGUCUCCGAGCGUUGACAUUUCACCGUCGCAACCGACUCUGGUUGGAUCACAGGGAAUGCUCUACUGUACGGGCACUGGAAUUCCCGCGCCUACGGUACAAUGGCGUCGUGUCGAUGGUGCUCCGCUGUCGCCACGUCAUCGCGUCGAGGCCGAGGGCUACGUGCUCUUUGAUGACAUCCAAAUUGCCGAUGGCGGCGAUUACGAGUGCGUGGCUGAGAACUCUGUGGGUCGCGUCAGCUCAGUGACAACACUGCGUGUGGUGGAGCGUCCGGUGGUCACGAUCACCGCGGACAGCACUUCGGGACAUUAUACCGUCGGCGAUGAGGUUGACAUCAUAUGCACGGCUAGCGGCUAUCCGAAUCCCUCGGUGCGCUGGAUCUAUCCCGAUGGCCAUCAGACGCGCGAUAUACAGGAAAUCCAGGCCAAUGCCUACCAUGGCAAUCAGGCGUUCUUGCACUUUAAUUCGGUGCGUGCUUCCGAUGCCAAUGAUUACAAGUGCGAGGCGACCAAUGAGUUUGGCAGCGAUGAGCAAUCGAUUCGCAUCUUUGUGCAGCAGAAGCGUGGCGAUAUUCCCGAUCCUAUUGGCGAAGUUGAUCAUCCCGAUGAUUAUGACAACAGGCAACAGCAGCCAAGCGCCGACAAUAUCUACAAUACGAAUAUUGGCGAAAAUGUGACAUUCAGUUGCGAUCUGCGUCCCUAUGGCCAAACCCAUUGGGUGCGUGCCGAUGGUCAGCCAAUGCAGCCCAAUGUUCGCUCCGAGCAAAACACUUUGCAAAUCACAUUUGUGACGCAACUGAAUCUGGGAACUUACCGCUGCAAUGCCGUCGAUCAACGUGGCUAUAUCGUUGCCCAUUUCGAUCGUGAACUGGUUCUGUUGCCACUGCCACAGAUCACAUUCCAUCCCAGCAUUCCGCUUGAGGUCGAACCCGAUCGCAACGUCGCCAUCUACUGCCAGGUGACCAAUGCCAGACCCGAGGACGUGCACUGGACCACCGACAAUAAUCGACCAUUGCCCAGCUCUGUCUACAUCGAUGGACCAUAUCUGCGCUUUGAGGCCAUCACGCCAGCCGAUGCUGGCGGCUACAGCUGCACGGCCUCCAACGAGUUCGGCAAUGUGAGCAAGAAUGCCCAGGUUGUGGUGCGACGUCCCAACUAUCAGGCGCAGCCGCAAUCGCAGCUGCAAGAGAGACGCGAGGGUGAAAGCAUUCAGUUGCGUUGCAGUGUCACAACAUCACGUGGUGAGCCACACAGCGAUAACAUUCAGUUCAAUUGGCGUCGUGAGGAUAAUGAACCACUGCCGCGCGAUGCGCGUCCCGAUAGCCAAGUUCUGAUCCUGAAUUCGUUGCGCAUCGAGGAUAGCGGUCGCUUUAUCUGCGACUCGUAUGACUUGGAGAACAAUCAGCGUUUGCCACAGACCUCCGUUGAUUUGCGUGUACUAAAAAAAAAGUACACAACAAGUGUGUAUGGCCGCCACGAUUAUCCCUGCAUGGUUUUAUUUAUAUGCGCAGAUUUCAAGCUUAAGCAAAUGACGCCAAGCAAAACGCUGGCAACAUCAGCAGUGGCUCCAGCUCGUGGCCCCAGCAUCUCGUAUGUGUGCCAACCGAAUGACUUCAAGUGCGUUUCGCAUCCGCAUACGUGCGUGAGAUCGAGCAUGGUCUGUGAUGGCAUCUACGAUUGCACGGAUCACUCGGAUGAGUUCAACUGCACGCGUGAUUUUGGCAGCAAGACAACAAACAAAGCAGCAGCUGGAGGCGAAGGCGGAGGCGGAGGAGGAAACAAUUUCAAACGCUGGAAGAAGAGUCAACCACAAUUCGCAAACGGAAACGGAAACGGAAAUGGCAAAGGCAACAAAGGAAGCGCAAGCGACAAGCAUAAAAUGUGGAAGCAGGAGCUGCGACGCGACAGGACGAGGAAACGACAAGUUGUGCAACAAGAAAUGCUGAGCCAAAGCUUCGCGGGUCUGGCCACAACUCCAGCCAACUAUCCGCCCCAAUAUCUGCCACCAAGGGAGCCGAUAAUCCCGCGUGACUACAGCUUGAAAUUGGAUCAGCAAUCGUCGAAAUUACAUGUGGGCGAAUCCACCGAAGUGGAGUGCUACUCCUCGGACAACAGCUACACGGAUGUGAUCUGGGAACGUUCCGAUGGUGCACCACUCUCAGACAAUAUUCGGCAAGUGGGCAAUCGUCUGGUCAUCGCUCAGGUGACUGCUGCCGAUGCUGGCAACUAUGUGUGCAAGUGCCGCACGGAUAAGGGCGAUCUCUAUACCACCAGCUAUGAACUGGCUAUUGAGGAGCAGCCCCACGAGUUGCGACGCCCCAAGAUCGUUCAUGCCCAGGUCGGUGAGAAUGCGCAGCUCAAUUGCGGUGCCGAUGACAGUCGCCAGCCUAGCUAUCGCUGGUCCCGUCAAUAUGGACAACUGCAGCACGGACGCGAUAUCCUCAAUAACCAACUUGAUUUGACCGAUGUGCAGGCCAAUGAUGCUGGCACCUACAUCUGCUCUGCUGUCUAUGCGGAUGGUGAGUCCGUGGACUAUCCAAGCAUUCUGGUGGCCACCGGCGCCAUACCGCACUUCCAUCAGACACCGCUCAGCUACAUGAGUUUCCCCUACUUGCCGAACUCAUCGUUCAAGUUCAACUUUGAGAUCACCUUCCGACCGGAGACUGGCAACGGUCUGCUGCUGUUCAAUGGACGCACUCGCGGCUCCGGCGGCUACAUUGCCUUAUCCCUCAAGGAUCGCAAUGUGGAAUUCCAUUUCAAUUUCGGUGGCAAGCCAUUAAUGGUCCGUGCCGAACAACCGCUCGAACUGAAUGAAUGGCAUACGGUGCGUGUGCAUAGAUCACGUCGCGAUGGCUACAUUCAGCUGGACGAACAGCAUCCAGUGGCAUUCCCCACGCUGACAGAGACACCGCCCUUGGAACUGAUUGAGGAUCUGUAUAUUGGCGCAGUGCCCAGCUGGGAUCUGUUGCCGGCCGAUGCGGUGUCCGAGCAGAGCGGCUUCGUUGGCUGCAUCAGUCGCCUGGCACUCCAGGGUCGCACCGUCGAGCUGAUGAAGGAGGCCAAGAUCAAGGAGGGCAUCACCAGCUGCAAGCCGUGUGCCAACGCACCCUGCGCCAAUGGCGGCAUCUGUCUCGAAAGCCAAACGGAACUCGCCUACACCUGUGUCUGCCAACAGGGCUGGACGGGACGUAAUUGCGCCAUCGCUGGCACUCAGUGCACUCCCGGAAUUUGUGGAGCCGGACGUUGUGAGAACACCGAACUGGACAUGGAAUGCCUUUGCCCCCUAAAUCGCACCGGAGAUCGUUGCCAAUACAUCGAACACCUGAACGAGCAUAGCUUGAACUUCAAGCGCAACAGCUACGCAGCUUUCAGCACACCUCGUGUGUCACGCAUCAACGUCACCCUAUCGCUGCGUCCCUCAAGCCUCCAAGAUGCCGUGCUGCUCUACACAGCCGAAUCGAAGCUGCCCAGCGGCGAUUACGUGGCGCUUGUGUUGCGCGACGGUCACGUCGAGCUGCUGAUCAAUACGGCGGCCCGCCUCAAGCCGGUGGUGGUGCGAUCACUGGAACCACUGCCGCUGCACCGCUGGACACGUGUCGAGCUGCUGCGUCGCCAGGGCGAGAGCAUACUCAAGGUGGGCAAUGCAGCGCCUCAACAUGCGAAGGCAGCGGGCGCUCCACGGACGCUGUCGCUGAAGACGCCACUUUAUGUGGGCGGCUAUGAUCGGGCGACGGUGAAGAUCAAUCGCGAUGUGAAUAUCACAACUGGCUUCGAUGGUUGCAUCUCGCGACUGUAUGACUCGAAGAUGCCAGUGAAUCUGUUGGUGGAUGUUGUCGAUGCGGCCAAUGUGCAGAAUUGCGGUGAACUCAAUGAGAUUGACGGCAAUGACAUCGAUGGUGAUCUGCUGACGCCGGUGGGACAAGAUCAGCAGACGGGCCACGGUUCCGAUGAGGAGCACCAGCCCUAUGAAAGUGCUCCGUGUGCCAACGAGCCUUGCGAGAAUGGCGGCACCUGCGCCGAGGAGGGCAAAAAGGCUGUAUGCACUUGCAACCUCGGCUACAGUGGCAAGCACUGCGAAGAUCACAUUCAAAUCGGCUUCAAUGCCUCGUUCCGUGGCAACGGAUAUCUGGAAUUGGAUCGCAAACAGUUCAGCGAAGAGGUAGAUCAAGAGUUCACCUCCGCCGUGGUCGUCUUCUCCACCAACAAACCCAACGGUCUGCUCUUAUGGUGGGGACAGGAGGCUGGCGAAGAGUUCACCGGCCAGGACUUUAUCGCACUGGCCGUUGUCGAUGGCUAUGUGGAGUAUGCCCUUCGCCUCGACGGCGAGGAGGCGGUGAUUCGCAACAGUGAUACGCCAGUGAACGAUGGCAAUCGUCACAUUGUCAUUGUGAAGCGAUCGGCGAGCACAGCAUAUCUGGAGGUCGAUCGCAUCUCCGAUUCGGGUGAGACGCGACCAACCGGUAAAGACACUAUGCACCUGCCAGGCAAUGUGUUUGUCGGUGGCAUACCGGAUAUAUCGCAAUUUACGGGCAAUCGUUAUAGCCGCAAUUUUAGCGGUUGCAUUGUCUUUGUCGAGGGCGACACUGCUGGCCAGAUCAAUCUGGGCAAAUCCUCCAUCCGUGGCAUCAACGUGGACACCUGUCCUGUUAAUGAUGAAGCCCAUGGCGGUACUGAACCUCCAGUCGUUUAAUAUUAAAAGCAACCCCAAGAAUCCCACAACAGAAGUUAGCCUCUUAUAAUUUUUUUUUUAUUAAAUAAAUCAACCAACUUUUUGUUAUAUGUAAUUUGCAUAUAUGAAACAAAGGGUAAAUUUAUACACUGCGCUAAUUGUUGUAUCGUAGAAAUGACUAAGCAAUGAGAGAUCCAUGGAUUAAUCAUUAAUCCAAUCCAACCAACAACACCACGAACGAUACGAUGCAAUUGCUUCUUUUAUAUUUAAUCUUAAAUGAAUGGGAAAAGAAAAACAAAAUAAUUAUUAUAAUAAUGAUAAAAAAAAAAACAAAACAAAA